GGACAUGUUCAUAAGUAGAUUAGGAACAAACAAGGGCAGGAUCACAGCUACGCCAGAUGAAGUGAUUGCGGUUCUGGGUGAGAUAGCAGCGCUCAACAACACCUAUGUGCUUCGUUGGGUACUGCAGCGGCUGCGGAACUUCUCGCCCGGUAGGACGGUCGAGCCACAGUACAUCCGAUGCCUGCUGGACUUGCCGGUGAGUAGCAAAACCGCCGUGGCGGAUAGUUUCCACCUACACGUGCAGCUGUUCAAACUAUGCAUCAGAUCGAACUGGGAGCAGGAGGCAUACCAAGUGAUCCUGUCUCUACGCGAGAAGCAGAUGGUUCCUACCAUCCACAUGAUAAAUGAGCUACUCGAUGUGUAUGUCAACUUGUCGUCGCAA